AUGGCCGCUGUCCGAAUUUGUGUCUGCGGCGACGAAAGCACCGGCAAAUCCAGCCUCAUCGCCUCUCUCGUGAAGGAUCAGUUCGUCAAUAACAAAAUCCAACCUGUCCUUCCGCAAAUCACCAUCCCACCCAGCAUCGGUACUCCUGAAAAUGUCUCGACCACAAUCGUCGAUACUUCGGCCCGCCCGCAAGACCGGACUACGUUGCGAAAAGAGAUUCGAAAGUGCAAUGUCAUCCUUCUUGUCUAUGCCGACCACUACAGUUAUGAAAGGGUAGCGCUGUUCUGGAUGCCGUAUUUUCGAUCUUUAGGUGUCAACGUUCCCGUCGUAUUAUGUGCCAACAAAUCCGAUCUGGUCGGCCAGGGCACCACACCACAGGUGGUUGAGGAAGAACUGUUGCCCGUCAUGGCCGAGUUUCGCGAGGUCGAUUCUUGCAUCCGUACCAGCGCCCGCGAUCAUCGAAACGUAAAUGAGGUGUUCUUCCUUUGCCAAAAGGCUGUAACUCACCCCAUCGCUCCUCUUUUCGAUUACAAGGAGGGUCAUCUCAAACCUCUGUGUAUCAAUGCAUUGAAACGUAUCUUCUAUUUGUGCGACAAGGAUCAGGACGGGUAUCUCAACGAACAGGAAAUGCGUGACUUCCAAGCUCGUUGUUUCGACAAACCUCUGACCACUGAUGACUUGGACAACAUCAAGCUCAGCAUCUCGAAGUCGUUACCUGCUUCCGAAUUGGACAAAGGGAUUGAUCUACCAGGUUUUCUGCAACUCAAUAAACUCUAUGCCGAGAAGGGACGCCACGAGACGAUUUGGAUCAUUCUUCGAAAGUUUCAUUACACUGAUAGUCUAAGCCUUGAAGACAAGUUCUUUCGGCCGAACUUUGAGGUCCCGGAGUACUCGUCUGCUGAGCUUAGUCCUGCUGGUUACAGAUUCUUUGUGGAUCUCUUCCUGCUUUUCGAUAAAGACAACGAUGGCGGUCUUAACGACGAGGAGUUAGAGGCUCUCUUCGCCCCGGCUCCAGGACUUCCUAGUUCUUGGACCGAUUCAUCGUUCCCCUCCUCAACUGUGAGAAACGAAGCUGGACAUGUUACUCUCCAAGGCUGGCUUGCUCAAUGGAGCAUGACGACUUUCAUCGAACCAAAGACGACUAUCGAAUAUCUCGCGUACCUUGGUUUUGAGCCCUCAAAUCCCAAGGACCCCAUCACUGCUGCACUUAAGAUAACGAAGCCUCGUAAGAGGAGAAGACGUCCUGGCCGAGUCGAACGUAACGUAGUGCUCUGUUACGUUCUUGGAGCAUCAGGUGCGGGCAAAUCUGCCCUGCUCGACUCGUUCCUAAACCGACCUUUCUAUGGGUUAUAUCAUCCUACUAUCAAACCCCGCCGUGCAGUGAACAGUGUCGAGUUGCCUGGCGGAAAGCAAGUCUACCUUAUCCUCGAGGAGCUUGGCGAACUGGAGCCUGCAAUCCUUGAGAACCGGGCCAAACUGGACGCCUGCGAUCUGAUCUGCUACGCAUAUGACUCGUCCGACCCCGACUCGUUCUCGCAUAUUGUCGACUUGCGGAAUAAGUACCCACAUCUCGAUGAGCUUCCGUCUAUCUACACCGCACUCAAAGCCGACAAGGACAAAACCAACCAGCGCUGCGAGCUUCAGCCGGACCAAUACACCUCUUCUCUUAGUAUGAGUUUGCCAUUGCAUGUCAGUGUGACUUGGGGUAGUAUCAGCGAGCUAUUUGUAGCAUAUGCAGAUGCUGCUACGAACCCAAGUACUGCGUUUCCCAAGAGUAACGAAGAAGGACCCGACAGAACCAGUCUGUACAUCGCACUUGGAGCUACAGCUUGCGCUGGUGUUGCAGCGUUGACAAUCUGGCGACGUGCAACUAAUGCUUUUUAA